UUUUAGGGAAGAAAGGGGACUUGCUUGCAAUUGUUACAUUAGGCUACCGGCGCGGAGACAGCUCAAGGUGAAAGAAACUUUUAAGGAAUAUAGCUACAUUGAACAGGAAGCAUGGGUGAUAUUGCUAAGGGAAAGAAGGCAUUUGUCCAGAAGUGUGCCCAGUGUCAUACUGUUGAAAAUGGAGGAAAGCACAAGGUCGGUCCAAACCUCUGGGGUCUGUUUGGACGCAAGACUGGACAGGCUGAAGGCUUUUCCUACACAGAUGCCAACAAAUCCAAAGGCAUUGUCUGGGAAACCGAUACCCUCAUGACGUACUUGGAGAACCCCAAGAAAUACAUUCCUGGAACAAAGAUGAUAUUUGCUGGCAUCAAGAAGAAGGGCGAGCGUACAGAUCUUAUAGCAUAUUUGAAGUCGGCAACUUCGUAGACCACUCUACGCUUUGUUCAAUGUAUAGAUUUCCCUUUCUGUAUCUUAUAUAAAUAUCAUAAAGUGUUCAGUGGAGAAGGGGGAUGGCUCUMUCAAGAAGCUAAG